AUGAAGGGAGGAAUUGAAGAGGUAAAGGAGAUCAGCCCAAUGUUUCCUAGGCUGCAUGUUAAAGAUGCAGAUAAAGGAGGACCAAAAGCCCCUCCAAGGAACAAGAUGGCUCUCUAUGAGCAAUUCGCCAUCCCUUCUCAAUCUCUUGCUCCUGGAUCACCACCCAAGUUUCCUCCUUUGCUAGCAAAAAAUUUCCCAGUUCCUUCAUUGUCUGGCAAAGUUGGUAGCAGUCAAGGCAUCCAAUUCUGCAACUCUGGUGUAUCUUGUUAUCUGGCUGAGAAGAUUCAUACUUAUCAAUCCAGAGCCGUGAACUUCAAGUUGAUGCCAGAUGGUCCCAUCAGCUGUAACAGUUCUGUUAAAAAUUAUGAGCAUGGUGAUGCUUUGGUAACCCCAGUCUCUGCCCGUGGGAAAAAUUCAUGCUGCAGCAUCAGCCAGAAUGAGGAAGAUGAGGACAAACUUCCUCACUGUAAAUCAAGCUGUUCACUUAUAAGUCAAAAUUCGUUCAGUAAGAAGGUGAAUUUAACUAGACCCAUAAAACUUGUGUCAGCAAGAUAUGAGAACCAGAUAGACGAUCAUACAGAAGUCAGUCAAACUGAUCUGCCGGAGGACGGGUCUGCUCAACCAUUAGCUGGUUUUGGUGAUAUGACAGAUGAAUCAUCAAUCUCAUCAGUCAAAAUUAGAACUCCUAAACAACUAAAGAAAGCACAUUCAUCUUUUAUGGAAGACUUUAGAAGUAUUUCAGCAGACGGCUUGAAAAUAUUGCAGGGUAGCAAUGGCCUGACCAAUGAAGAGGUUGAAGCCUAUGGGGACAAAAUCAACCUUAGGGAUGGUUAUUUGGAGAAGCCGGCAACAACUGAUGUUCAUAAAUGUCCUGAUGUUUUAGAAUUAGGUAGAAAUUUCUUCUGGGGCAAGAUCGAUGGGCAUAAAAAUGAAGAUACGUAUAGACAUUAUGAUGCUAUGAGUAAGAGCAUCCCAGACUAUGCAGUAGGUUUGAAAAUCACUCCUGAUGAUGUUAUGGGAGUCAUAGGGGAAAAGCAAUUCUGGAGAGCAAGAGCAACUAUCAUCAAUCAACAGAAAGUUUUCGUUCAUCAAGUGUUCGAGCUGCAUAGACUGAUAAAGGUACAAAAACUAAUUGCUGGGUCACCCAGUCUCUUGAUUCAAGAUAAGCUUCUAUUGAGCAAACCUUCGCUAGAAGAAUCGGCUCCCAAGAAACUACAAUCUGACUACAUCAUAGAACAACCAUCCUCAAACGCCAAACUGAACAACACUAAGCUUGAGAAGCCUACUCCUGCUGAAUGUGCUGAAAAUAUUUUACUUCCCCUUCCUGGGAUCAAUAGCAUGAGCAAAGCCCCCCCAAGUGUUCAGCUUCCAAAUUAUGGUCAUCACUCAGGAAACAAUCAACUAGCCCUUCCCGCUCCGACUAACAACACCAAACCAUCCCAAUGCUAUAUCUACCCAGCACCAGGAAAUCAGUGGUUAGUGCCCUUCAUGUCUCCUUCCGAAGGCCUUGUAUACAAGCCCAUUGUAGGACAAUGCCCUCCAAAUACAGGUUUGAUGGGACCAGUAUAUAGUGCUUGCAACCCUAUAAGCCUCACCCCAGGAAAUAAGGAUGUUCAGGAUGCAACUCAUGUUCCAUAUGUAUUUCCACCAUGUGGCCCUGCCGUCAUGCAUCCAUCAUCUGUAUCUGCUUUUGCUCAUGAGCAAAUAAGCCCUCCCCCCAAGAUGCAAUCUAAAGGUACUACUGAAAAUUACCAAUCAACUGGAGUUGUCAAUUCUGCCAUAUUGUACCAAAGUUCAUCUAACAUGUCCAGCCAGAUAAGUCAAGUGAUGUCAAGACACGUUACAAAUGAUAAUCACACGUCAGAAGAUAAAGAUUUACAGACAAGUAUAGGCAGUAGUCCCCCAAAGAGGAUGAAAGGGGACGCACUUCCUUUGUUUCCUAUGGCACCAACAUUUUGGGCAUCAUCAGAUCAACAGAAGGCCCAAGCUGUAGAAGGAAAUCAGCCACGUAUUAUCAAAGCUAUACCUCACAAUCCCAAGUCAACAAUAGAAUCAGCAGCUAGAAUAUUUAGGUCAAUACAAGAAGAAAGAAAAUAUUUGUGAUUAGGCUAAUCAAUAGCAUGUCAUUUCAGUUCAAAUAGCCCUGUAGUCCACCAAAGAGGACAAAAGGGGUGCACUUCCUUUGUUUCCUAUGGCACCAACAUUUUGGGCAUCAUCAGAUCAUCAGAAGGCCCAAGCUGUUGAAGAACAUCAGCCAUCAAUAAUCAAAGCUAUAACUCACACUCCAGAGUCAACAAUAGAAUCAACAGCUAGAAUAUUUAAGUCAAUACAAGAAGAAAGGACACACUUCUGACAGGUAUAUUUAUACUAUGCCAUCACAGUUCAAAUAUUCCUGCAAAUGUGCUUUCUUUGUUUCCUAUGGCACCAACAUUAUGGGCAUCAUAAGAACAUCAAAAGGCCCACGUUGUUGAAGAACAUCAGACACAAAUAAUCAAAACCAUACCUUUCAAUUCUAAGUCACCAAGAGAAUCCGUAGCUAGAAUAUUUAGGUCGAUACAAGAAGAAAGGAAAUAUUUGAGAUUAAUCUAUUCUAUAUUAUGCCAUUUCAGUUGAAAUAUUUUGGUAAUAUUCCAAUUUUGUUCAGUAAUUAUUUUCCCCGCUACUUGUCUUGCUCUACCUUCUUUAGCAAUUUGCAUUCUUCACAAAGAUCUUUCAUUUGAUUCUAAUAUCUUAUGA